GCUAAUUAAAAACACCAUCCGUCGUUGUCGUCAACAGUAUUCGUAUUUAGUGCAGCAUUGCAUCCGAAUUAUUUAUGAACUGCAGCUUAAUGUUUAUUUAAUUGUAUUAAUAUUUUGCGUAGAGGCCUUCAUCUUGGACAUUUGUCUCAAUUAUCGAUUCAUCAACGUUUUGUUUGUUUGUUUUUUUUUUCUUCGCUGCUUGCAUUUUGUUUUGGGUCCUAUUUCAAGUGUGUAAUGUAUUUGAAACAAAGUUACAAUACCGGUUUAUAUCCCUUUUGUGCGUUUUUUUGAUAAUAUGUAUCCAACUAAAAACAAAGAGCAGGAUCUUCACAAGGGUGACCUGGCCAAGGGUAACCAACGUCUGUUGUCAUCUUCAUUCAAGGCAUGCCUAUGUUUCUGCAAAAACUGUUGAAAUGGUGUGACAACUCUUAAAGGCCUUUCCUUCAACUGGAUACAAACAAGGGAAAAUGGAGCAAACCCCUCGAUUCUCUGAAUAUGGAGAUGGUGAGGAGCUACAGCAGGAAGGCGACAACAUUUGUCAAGAGAACACUAUUAUGGCACCCGACAUUCCCGAGAACCUUAUUCUUAAUACUCAGAGAGGCUGGGAGUCUUUUCCCUGUCAGGACUGUGAGAGCUGUUUUACCAACAAGCAAAGCUUGGAACGACACAUGCAUAGCCACGCGUUGAUGAAUGUGCCACAUCCGUAUAAGACCAAGAUUGGAAAAAUGGCUUCAGGUUCAGCUCUCGGUCAGCUUCACCACGACAAUAUGAACUCUUCAGUUUUAGUACGUUCUGAUGAACAGCUUGAAAGCAGUGAUACUCCUGUUUUGUCAGCUGGGCACAACACGGUGCCACCUGAUGAGCUGUUGUGUGACCAUCAUGUUUGCAACUACUGCGAAAAAAGAUUCACUACAUUUACCAACAAGGAGCAGCACGAGAGCACAGUCCACAGGCAGCAUUUGCAAAUUGCACAUGCAGAACAAAGUGAGCCACCCCAGGAGGAAAAUCUUCAGCAGAUAAUCUUUGCAACGUCAAAUCCGGGAGUUGAGUCUGCUGUAGAAGUUGUGGAAAAUGAAGUGGAACUCACUGGAAACUUCAUGCCCGACUUCUCCAGCAGUAUCUCAGAGAAUCUUAGCAUUUACUUUGAUGGAAAACUAGUUUCAACAAGCACAGUGAGUGGCUGUGAAGCAGCUGAAGUUCACGCUGCAUGUUCAACUUUGGUUGGACUGGAUGCCCUGAUUCUGGAUCCCAUACACCUGAAUUUGGGUUUAAAUUUCAAUUCAGUUCCGAGUAAUCAAGAGCUGCCGGGUCAAACACUUGCCAAGAGAAGAACAGCAACACCUCCUCUGUUACCCCAAAUUCAAACAGAAUUGGAAUCUGAAGUGGCAGUGUUGUCAUCCUCUUCAGAAAAUGUAUCAUCAUUAAUAGAGAAUAGUCAGUCUUCACUUCUUCCGCCAAACUCAGCCACUUUGUUUAUACGAGAAAAGCAGGACACCCUGGUUCCAGAUGGACAGACACCUUGCUCGUCUGUCUCUGCUGCAACAGGAAGGUUCAAAAGAAGGACUGGAUCGCCACAAAGUUCUCCUCAGCACAACACCACAUGUGAUGAGGAAACCGCAAUGGCAGAUCUGGAUGGUGAUGCUGCUACAUUAUGGCACAUGGAUCCUCAGUAUAACUCUCUUGUUCACCAGGGUGUCAAUGAAAAAGAAAUCGCAUUCCAAAAGAUGGAGGACCCUCAAGCAAUUACAGUUUCAGUAGAGAGCUGGCCACCUGUGACUGUGGACAGCUGCUGUAGUCAGCAACCACUGGACCUCUCUAAUACGAUGAAACUUAAUGAAGUUGGGAUUUCAGAUGAUGCUGCGCUGGAUUUAAGUUUACAAAAAAGGAGCCGAGAGGAAUCUCAUCUGACACCAACUUUAGUUUUCCCCUCAGAAGAUAAUUUAAAUGUGUGCAUGCAGGACACGGCAUUACUGAAUGUUACAGAGCAAAAUGUGAACCUCGCAAACUGUGAGACACCUCUUGUGUCAGACCUCACCAUCGUUACAAGUCAAAAUAUGGUGGACUCUGUUCCAGAAGGAAUUGUUUAUGGACUUUCACUACCCUCCUGUCCCCUGAAUUCUGCAUCUGCCACCCUUACACCUCUUGGUUUCUCUCCAGGUUCACCAUGCAAUAUAUCAUUUCCUCCCCCAACUACACACCCAGUACUACAAACUGCUCCAUCAUUAAUCACAGUUCUGGCACCACCACUAUCUAUUCCUAACCCCUCAAGCCAACCAAUACAAGUGGUGGCUCCAAAUAUAUCACCGGAGCCAGUGGUACUGUGCACAGAAAAUGCCAUAAAUUCCACACAGUGUGAUUUAACCACUGGGUUUUCAGCUACAACUGCUGCAAACCUUGUUACUCUCUCACAUCCCCUUGACCCCUCCCUUAAUCUACCUGGCCACAUGUUUCUCACUGAUCAGAUUUCUCUUAACCCGUCAAUUAAUGAAGACCAUAGCUUGUCCGAGGUAGCAUUCGCACCCAGUGCAGCAUUAAACAAUCCCCUCAUAAACUCGUAUAUGACAAGUAACACAGUGGUGAUAGAAUGCACAAUAUCCCUGGAAACGCCAGGGAAUGUCCCCACUGCUGUUACCAUGCAAGAAAACAUUGAGUCUCCAAUAUCUGCGCCAAUGCUUGUUAAUGACAUAGAGCAGGAACAGACUAUGUCAUUGCCCAACACCUCAACUGUGGACCCCACCAUUGUCUUGUCCUCCAUUGAGGAGUCUGUUACAUUGUCCACAAGCACCUCAGUGAUGCCAGAUUGUGAUUGUCCUGCUGAGGCUGAAGAAACAGAACAAGGCCUCAAAGAAGAGCCACAAAAUGCAGAUGAGGAUCUUCCGGACAGCGCUAAUUCUGCAGUGGAAAUCUCUACAGACAAUUCAAACCAAGAUGAAAAAGUUGAACAGACAGAACUGCCAAGCGACACACCAUGUGACGCAGAGCAGCAGAGUUUCACCAAGAACUUCAUCUGCAAUGUCUGUGAACUUCUGUUCCACUCGAUGAAAGAACUCAGCACCCACGUUAGCGACCAUGCUGAAAAAUGGCCUUACAAAUGCGAGUUCUGCGUUCUGCUCUUUGACAAGCCCAACACUUUGCUCGAUCAUCGGUCAAGCCUACACGGUGUGGACAAGACUUAUAUUUGCAGUGCAUGCUCUAAAGACUUUGUCUACCUUUGCAAUCUGAAACAGCACCAGGAGGAAUUGCAUCCUACCCAGCAAUGCACAUUCACUGAAGAAGAAAAGGGGAAAAUAAGACCUCAGAAUUACAACUCCACCACGAAAGUUAGCAGAGAGCUUCCGUUGCAUGAUGUGUCUGAACAAAAGGUGAAAAAGGAAGAGAGUGAAGUGGAUGUGGCUGCUGAAGAAUUGUUUACAACAAUUAAAAUCAUGGCCUCAGAUGGAGGUAAACUCAAAGUGCCUGAUGUUCGUCUUGGCAUUAACCAACACUACCCUAGCUUUAAGCCCCCGCCCUUUCCUUACCAUAACAGGUCACCUGCCGGGUCGCUGGCCUCUGCCACAAAUUUUACCACCCACAACAUUCCACAAACGUUCAGUACAGCUAUUCGGUGCACCAAGUGCGGAAAGAGUUUCAAUAACAUGCCAGAGCUUCACAAGCACAUCCUGGCUUGUGCCAAUGCCAGCGAUAAGAGGCGGUACACACCCAAGAAGAAUCCCAUCCCACUGCGCCAUUUUGCCAAAACCCAGAACGGAGUUUUGUCCACCACCAACUCAGAAAAUGAAUGUAAUGCCUCAAAUCGAGCCAGGCGGUCUAACAGAUCAGAAUCAUCUGUCAAAGUGAAGUUAAAGUUACUGAACAAAAGGAAGCGAAAGUUGGUCCAAAGGGUCAUGCCCCAGAGGAACAAGUCUUCGUCACAUAAAGUGUCUCCUGCACACAUGCAUGAUGACUUAUUUGUUUGCCCUCACUGCAGCAGGGAGUUCACAAUGCGACGCAGCCGAACCAAACACAUGGCAGUCUGUCCCAAAAAGCCCAGAGAAGUGAGGACAAGGAAAGACGGAGGGAUCUCUGUGACAAAGGAAAAUGAUGGACGGCUUCAUAGAGAGGUCUCCCUUGUCAUCGAACAACAAGCCUCAGCUCAUCCUAGGACAAGACUCCAGACGUCAAUGCCAGCUAAGAGGCCCACCACGCCCCCUACACCGACAAGCUUUUCAAACAAGAGGCCUAAACUAGCCAUAAAGGACGAUUCAAAAAAUGACAUUUCCAGUUUAAAUGAAUUCCCCGCCGUUCGUCCUUUCAACAGUCCUCUUCGCCAGUACACAAGAGUGCAUCAUGCAGCUAAACUAACUUCAGCAAAACAACAACAAAGUGAGCCCUCUGCACCAAGCCGAGAGGAAGCAGCUGCUGGUGGUAGCUCUGGUCAAGGCGGGACAGCUUGAAUGCCUCUCAGCUUACCCUGUCAGGGCAAUGCACACCCUUGACAUCUCUGCACCCAGCGAAGGCUUGAAAAAUCCAUUACACUGUACAAGAGAUGACUGAACUGAGGACAGGGGGAGGGGGGGGAACCCUGAAUACAUUUGGAGUACCUCUGCAAGUGCAGAGUAUGUGAGGGCUUGGAGGUUGGUACAGUCCUACAUUUUUUUUCAACUUUGCGUCAAUAGCCUGGAUUUGCACUUUGAAGUUAAUCUGACAGUGACGUGUUGUGAAGGAAAUGGGGAAGCACUGAAGCUGAAAGGCUUCUCUCAUUUCUCGCUUGGCCGUUCAUUCGCUGAGGAUGGCAAGCAGCAAUCACUGUCAGCACGGAUUUGCACUACUUUUUCCUUAUCAGUCAUGUGUUGCCUUUUGGGUUUAAAUUCUUUAUCGCAUGUUCUAUGCUUGUUCUUCAGUUGUGUCAUACGUGAGGCAAUCGGGCCUAAACAAUGGAUAUGACUUUCCGUUAACCUUAAAACUUAAAUAAAGUCCUUGAACAGAGGACAAAAGUAUUAACGUUUCCCUUCAAAGUCGUUCAGGAUUCAAGUGCUGUCGUUAGAAAAUCCCCAAAGCGAUUAUUUAGAAUGUAUUUGGCAGGGUUAACUGGAGAGAGAAAAAUCAGAGUAAAUUCUGUUGGUCCUUUGUGUAUUUAUAUGAAGGUAAUUAGAACAAUUCUCACGUCAUCAAAUGCGUAUGGGAUAACCUGUUGUAUACAAAUCAAAGCUAAAAGUUCAAUGUUCUCCUGAUGAGGCUGUCCAUAUGAAACCAACUGAAAGUUUCUUUGGUGGUCUGAAAUGCUAAGUACGGUAUGUGAAAACAAUACACCGACAUGCAUUGCUUUCACCGUGGUGAGCUCAUUGGCCACACAAAUUCUCAAAAGUGGUGAGAAGCAGCAGUCUCCUGCGCUCAUAUCAUGUAAUACAGUAUGAUAUUUUUGUAUUUCAUGUAUUCAACUGUAGAACACAAUCACUUCAUCCAGGCUUUCUGUCUAACAUUUUCUUGUUUAGUGUACAUUCAUUUGUAAUGUGAAUCCCUAAAUGCAAAUGUCAACUUUAGUUUUGUAAACAAAUGUUGAAGGUUGCAACUAAUCCCAUUUGCAUACAUUUUCAUAAGCUACUAGUUAAAACAGGGUACUUAUGUAAUCAUUAUAUCUACUGUACAUCAAAUGUAAUUUUAAUUUGUGUGAACUGAAAGGCGUGUGAGAGAGUCAUAAUUCUUGGUGGGGAAAAAAAAAUAUAUAAAUUUUUGCCUGUACAAUUCUUGUAACUCACCCACAGACUGCAUUAUAAUGGAUGUACAGGGUGUUAGGGGACUGCUAUCUGACUGUGAACGUUUGUGUAGCAUUUCAAAAUGUAAAUGAAGUCAUGUAUAUUUAUUAUUAAUUUAAAACCAUGUCGGAAGCUGUUUGAUUUGCACUUUUUUUUCCAAGCGUGUGGUCAUAAUAAAUGAAGAAUGUU